AUGAGCCGGGACUCGGCGAUCCCGGGAUUCUUUAGGAAGAGCCACCGGGAGCGCCUGAAGAUACUGGGCGAUUUUGCCGGCCUGUCCGACGACGAGAUGGAUAUCCUGGCCCAGUCCACCGGGGGGAUCGGGUUUGAGCAGGCAGACAAGAUGAUCGAGAACGCAAUCGGGACCUUCUCGCUUCCCGUGGGGGUGGCCACAAACUUCCGGAUCAACGGCAGGGACCACCUGGUUCCCAUGGUGAUCGAGGAGCCGUCGGUGGUGGCAGCGGCCUCAAAGGGUGCCAAGACCGCCAGGGUUCGCGGCGGGUUUGCCGCCGAGGCCGACGGAUCCUACAGCACGGGGCAGAUCCAGAUCCUGGGCGCCGGGGAGGGCUCGGCUGCCAGGCUCGCCGAGUCCGAGCCGGACAUCCUCAGGGCGGCAAACGCCAAGAGCUCCACCCUCUCAAGGCUCGGGAAGGGCGCCCGGAGCGUCUCCUGCAGGGAGAUACGGACCGACUCCAAGGACAUGCUCAUAGUCGAGCUGCUCAUAGACGUGGGCGACGCCAUGGGCGCAAACGUGACCAACUCGAUGUGCGAGGCAGCGGCCCCGCUGGUGGAGGAGGCCACCGGCGGCACGGCCCUCCUGAAGAUACUCUCAAACUACUCCACCCGCAGGAUGGUCCGGGCAUCUGCGGUCUUUGACCGGGAGGCGGUCGGGGGGCCGCAGGUGGUCGACGACAUAAUCGACGCCUACCAGUUUGCCCGGCACGACGUGCACAGGGCAGUCACCCACAACAAGGGGGUGAUGAACGGCAUCGUGGCGGUGGCAGCCGCCACGGGACAAGACGGCAGGGCCAUCGAGGCGGCCGCCCACGCGUACGCCGCCCGGGACGGAACCUACAGGUCCCUCACCGAGUGGUCCAGAGACGGGGACGGAAACCUGGUGGGAAGGCUGGAGGUUCCCAUGGCCGUGGGCACGGUGGGCGGAAUAGUCAACGUCCACCCCCUAGCCAGAAUCUGCAGCAAGAUCCUGGGCGCAAGAUCUGCAGGCGAGCUUGGCUGCAUAAUCGCCGCGACGGGACUGGCCCAGAACUACAGCGCCAUCCGGGCCCUUGCCACCGAGGGAAUCCAGAAGGGCCACAUGAGGCUGCACGCAAGAAACCUGGCAUCCGCCGCGGGAGCCGCCCCCGGCAGCAUAGACGGGAUCGUCGACAGGAUGGUCUCCGAGGGCAACAUCUCGCUUAGCAGGGCAAGGGAUCUUGCAAACCGGGAGUAG